AACCAGAGAGGCGGUUCAGCCCCGCAAUGGUCUGAGCAGCAGCGGUUCAGGGAGUAGCAUUACUUGUGCAGGAACUGGUUCGACACCGCAGAAAUCCGCUAACGGAGCAAAUGAAAACGAAAACAACACUUUCUUGUGGAUUAAUUCUCUGGCGAGACUUUCACUCGAAGCAAGUGUACCUGUAAGCCACUUUGGAUCGAUUGACGAGGAUUGGGACGUUACCUACUGAACAUCGUUACCACCGAAUGGUGUCUCCUGCCCCGCCGCUAAGGUUGCAGGCUAAGAGAUACGGCCCAUAAUGCAUGGCACUUUCUUGACAGCCACACCCUCUCCCUGCUUGUAGAGGAAGCGGCGGUGCCAGCAUGUCCUCUCAUCCCCAGUCUGUGCCGCCAGGCCGGAGAACUGUGGACUCACGGCACCUGCACAACCCUGCCACGCUGUCCCUGCAGCUGCAGCGGCCACACACGGAAGUGGGACUGGUCGACUACCACUCCCAUCAUGCCAGGGAUUACAGCUCUCAUCUGGCCCAGCCGCAUCGCCGUCGGCCUUCCUUACUUUCAGAGUUCCAGCCUGGGAAUGAAAGAGGACAAGAGCAGCACAUCCGUUAUGAGCACAUCUACCUGCCGGAGGCCCCCAGCCAGUCAGAGGUGGACUAUGCAGAGAUCAAACGUCCUCGUUUGGAGAUGGGAUCGGACUCUCUGAUGAGGCCUCUGUCCCACCGGCAGCCGUUACCUCUCGGAGGGGCUGAGGACAUGACGAAGGAGCGUGGAAGUGCCAUCGGGAAGCUGGAGCCCAUCUCGCCGGUGAGCCCAGUCCACAUGGACACCGACUUGGACCUGGUUCCGGCUCGGUUCUCCAAGGAGGAGCUGAUUCAGAACAUGGAACGUGUGGACAGGGAGAUCACCAUGGUGGAGCAACAGAUCUGCAAGCUUCGCAAAAAGCAGCAACAGCUGGAGGAGGAAGCCGCCAAGCCCCACGAACCCGAGAGGCCCAUCUCGCCGCCACCCAGUGAGGCCAAGCACCGCAGCCUGGUGCAGAUCAUCUACGAUGAGAACCGAAAAAAGGCAGAAGAGGCUCAUAGGAUACUGGAGGGGCUGGGACCCAGAGUGGAACUGGUGAGUAGCGACUUUUACUUUGCGUGGACUUUUCUUCUCGUCUUUGUGUGCUCUUCUCUCCUUAAAUUUUUAAACAUAGAACAGCGAAUCGACUGCUGCAGAGCUCGGCUCUGCCUCAGGGGGCGUUCAUUCUCGAUGGCUACCGAUAUCUCUGUGGAUCUCUGUGAGCCCAAACCCCUCCUCCCGACUCUUUCUGUUUCAGUGUCAUGUGGUUUAUUCCUAAUUUUCCUCUUUUAUCCAUGCAGAAACCACGCCAUGAGGAAGAAGCUCAUCUUGUAUUUCAAAAGGAGAAAUCACGCUCGUAAGCAGUGGGAGCAGAAGUUCUGCCAGCGGUAUGACCAGCUAAUGGAGGCCUGGGAGAAGAAAGUGGAGCGCAUUGAAAACAACCCGCGGCGCCGGGCCAAGGAGAGCAAAGUGCGGGAGUACUACGAAAAGCAGUUCCCAGAGAUCCGCAAGCAGAGAGAGAUGCAGGAACGAAUGCAGAGCCGCGUUGGGCAGCGAGGAGGUGGCCUCACCUCAUCCGCAGCCCGCAGUGAACAUGAAGUCUCCGAAAUCAUUGAUGGAAUAUCAGAGCAUGAGAACACGGAAAAGCAAAUGCGGCAGCUGGCCGUCAUCCCCCCUAUGCUGUUCGAUGCCGAGCAGCAGCGCAUCAAGUUCAUCAACAUGAACGGGCUGAUGGACGACCCCAUGAAGGUUUACAAGGACCGGCAGGUCAUGAACAUGUGGAGCGAGCAGGAGAGGGACACUUUCCGAGAGAAGUUCAUCCAGCAUCCCAAAAACUUUGGCCUGAUUGCUUCUUUUCUAGAGAGAAAGACGGUGGCAGAGUGUGUGCUCUUUUACUACCUGACCAAAAAGAAUGAAAACUACAAGAACAUAGUGCGGAGGAACCGACGCCGAGGGAGAUCUCUGCACGGCCAGCAGCAGCAGCAGCAGCAACAGCAGCAGCAGCAGCAACAACAGCAGCAGCAGCAACAACAACAACAACAGCAGCAGCAGCAGCAGCAACAACAGCAACAAGUGAACCGGAACAGCCAGGACGACAAGGAGAAGGAGGAAAAAGAGAAGGAGGGGGAGAGAGACGAAGAGAAAAAUGAAGCUGAAGACAAGGAGGAUGGAAUGAAGGAUGACACUUCUGGAGAAGAUGCCGAGGACAAGGAGCCCACUGUGGCUUUCAAGGGAAGACGAACAGCGAACAGUCAGGGCCGCCGCAAAGGUCGCGAUACCCGCUCCAUGAACAGCGAAGGAGAGGAGACCACCACUCCGCCGCUCAGCAACGAGCUAGCCCAUCUGGAAAUGAAUGAGAGCUCUCGCUGGACUGAAGAAGAGAUGGAAACAGCCAAAAAAGGCCUUCUCCAGUAUGGUAGGAAUUGGUCCGCCAUCUCCAAGAUGGUGGGAUCGAAAACCGUGUCGCAGUGCAAAAACUUCUACUUCAAUUACAAGAAGAGGCAGAAACUGGAUGAGAUUCUGCAGCAGCAUAAAAUGAAAUCGGAGAAGGAACGAAAGGCCCGUCGGAGGGGGAAAGCCUCGCAGAAUGAAGAGGCGAGCGCUACGUAUCCUGCAGAGGAGGAAGAGAUCGAGGGUUCAGGAGCCAGCUGCAACGAAGAGGAAGCGCCUGAAGAUGGAGAAGGUGGAGCAAACAACAGCUCGGACACAGAGAGCCUGCCCUCACCGCACUCCUCGGAGGACAGCAAGGCCAAAGAGGAAGGGACCAGCAGGCCGAAGGGCAACUCCAACACCGAGGACAGGAAGGACGACCAGGCAGGCGACGAGAAGCCUCCCGUCAAGGAGGAGGCAGAGUCGGCCAUCAAGCAGGAGAUAAAGACCGAAACAGUGGAUCCCAACAAGGAACAGCCGCAGCCCGUACCACCCAGCGAUGCCACAGAUAAGAAACCUCCAAGAGUCGAGAAGGAGGAAGUCAAAACCUCCAAGAGCUCCAAGAAGGAGCACCUGACCAAAGCAGGUCUGCAUGGGGACAGUGACUCUAGUGCCACUUGUAGCGCCGAUGAGGUGGAGGAAACGGAUAACACAGAUAAGAAAAGGAUGACGUCUCCACGCCCCAGUUUGCUGAACUUCUCCCACGACGGGGUCAUAUCGUCUCUGCAGAAGCCCAUGGACCUGAAGCAGCUCAAACAGAGGGCUGCAGCUAUACCACCUAUUAUGCCAGAGGCCUCUGUGCAGGGCACUCCGCGGAGUGGGAAAGCAGUGCAGCCCCCCCACGCCUUGGCUCUGUACCAGGAGCAGAUCACCAUGGCUCACGGAGAGUCCUCUCAGGAAGUCAAACAGCAGCAGCCUUCUGGCCAAGCAGGCAAACCGCAGCCUUACGCCCCUCAGGCAGACAGAGAGCGAGAGGGUCUUCUCACCAGCAGCCCCCGAGUUCGCCCUCGAAGCCCCUCCACCAGCGAAAAAGACGAAAAGUCCCGAGCCUUCUCUCCACACGGCGACGCCAAGAAGCAGGCCCUGGGUCCGGACGACCUCAGGGCCUCCAGCCUGGGUCGCCCGGUUCUCUCGCCGUAUCCCAUGGCCCCGCGGGACAUGGCCAAGAUCAGCCACGACCAACACCUGCUCCACUUCAACCCGUUCCCCUCGCUUGCUGGUCUGCCACAGGACAGCGUGCGGUUAGCGGCAGUGAGACCCCUCUCCAUGCCCGACCCGCCGCCGCUCAUUUCCUCUAACAAGCCUGGAGGCUCCAUCACGCAGGGUACGCCGGUGCAAUUGCAUGGAGCGGCGCACGGGCUGGAUCACACAAAGCUGCCUCCCGCACCAAUGGGGUUGUCUUGGAUCGAGAAGAAAGUUGCAGGUCCUUUCCCAGUGGUGAAGCAGGAGCAGCUGUCUCCUCACAGCUCCUCCCAGCCUGAUAACUUAUCAAACCCAGGGCCGCCUCAUGAUAACUCCUCUGCUCGUGGCGUCCAAGGAGGCAGCAUCACCAAAGGUCUUCCUGGGACCAGAAUACACCCAGAGUCUGCGGUUUCCUACCGAGGGGGCUCCAUCACACAGGGGACACCAGCAGAUGUGCUGUAUAGAGAAACUAUAUCACGUCUGAUCUCAGAGGACAGUUCCAGCCGAGCCGACAGGGAGCGGGACGAGGCGCCAUCUAAAGGGCAGAUCCUGUACGAGGGCGUCAGCGGGCAGAUCCUCUCGUAUGACCGGCCACAGUCUCAGACUCCCAAAGAAGACGGCCGAGGCUCAGGUCUGUCUGGAGAAAUCCUGGGUCUGAAGCGAUCCUAUGAUGUCAUGGAAGGAGGCAGAGGGCUGCCGAUGAGAGACGCUCUGUCUGCUACCAAUUGUGAAGGUCUCAUCGGCCGUGCCAUGCCUUACGACAGAGACAGCCCUCACCACGCGUCGUACAAGGACACUCAUCAUAUCCGAGGCUCCAUCUCUCAAGGUAUACCCCGCCAUCUCGACGCUCAGGAUGCCUACAUGAGGAGGGAAGCCAAGCAGAUGAGGCGAGAGGCGUCCCCGCCCCGUGGCGCCGGCUCCCUCUCUGACCCGAUGAAGGGCAGAGAGGGCGUUGUGCCCACGGUGAAGGAGCCUGGACGCUCCAUCCACCUCAUUCCAAGAGACGAGGGCAGACAAUCAUCCAAGGAGGGCAUCAUAUCACAGGGCGCAGCCGGAAAGCCGGACGCUGCCGGCUCUGGGAAACGCCACGAUGUCCGCUCCAUCAUCGCCAGCUCGCCGCGCUCCUACCACAACGCAGCCUCCCACCUGGAGAUGCGUCCCGACAGAAGUCGGUAUGAGGAGGGGCCCAAGGGUCGGCCCAGCGCGGUGGUCAGCACGGCCAGCCCCAUACCGCGCUCUUCUCCGCUCACCCUGGGCUCUGAGCAGGGAGGCAAGGCGCACCACAGCCCCAUGGGGUACGAGGAAAAAGGUGCUAUACGGACCCCCUACCCUGGACCGUCGCAUCGUGGAUCCCCGCUGCCCAGGGAAGCCAGUCAAAGGCAACACGAAGGGUCUGGGAAGAAUUCUUCCCAGGAGCGAAAAGCCACACCGACUCCCAGAGAGAUGAGGGCCACCAAGUCGCCGCUCACCGGCGUUGCAGAUCAGCAGGCCUACGAAAGGCUGCUGCCCGGCCUGGGAGCUUCAGACAUGUACCGCAUCCCCUUGACCUUUGACCCCGCGGCGCUGCCUCGUGGAAUCGCCAUCGACCCAGGAGCUUACUACUUGCCUCGCUCCCACUUGGCUCCCAACCCGGCGUACCCUCACCCGUACCCCUACCUCAUCCGCGGCUUCCCCGACACGACGGCCCUGGAGAACCGUCAGACCCUGAUAAACGACUACAUCACCUCGCAGCAGAUGCACCAGUGGCCCGCGGCCGCCGCCAUGGCUGCGCAGCAGCGCUCAGACCUGCUCAGAGGCCUCGCUCCUCGAGACCAGGCGCUUCCUCUGUCCUACUCUGCUGGUGCCCAGCGCGGGAUCAUUGAUCUUUCUCAGGUCCACUUACCCGUCCUGGUCCCUCCGUCUGCAGGGGCGGCCGGCUCCCCGAUGGAUCGCAUCACCUACAUCCCUGGGACAAACGCUGCAUUCCCUCCCAGGAAUUACACCAGCUCAUCCAUCUCCCCUGUCGGCCCCUCACACAUGAGCAAAAUGCAGAGCGCGUCGUCGUCGGAGCGGGAAAGAGACCGCGAUAGGGACCGAGAACGGGAGCGAGAGCGGGAAAACCGGGAGCGGGAACGAGAGAGAGAUCGGGAACGGGACCGAGAUCGGGACAGGGAAAGAGACAGAGACAGGGGAGGGUCUUUGGGAAAUGUGGAGCACGCCCCCAUCUGGCGACCAGGUACAGAACACAGCCUGUCCAGCAGCAGCGGCGGCGGCGGCAGCGGCAGACCUGCAUCCCAGCCCUACGGCCACCAGCAUUCCCCGGUGUCUCCCCGCACCCAGGACAACGUGCAGCAGAGGCCGAGCGUGCUGCACAACACCGGAGGCAAAAGUCUUUCUGUCAGUGAACACCCGUCGGUGUUACGGACCAUUCCCUCAGCAUCCCGCUACCCAGGUUUCCAUGGCUCCUUCCAAAAAACGGGUGUGCCGCCUGACGCCUACCAAUCUGCCAUGGACUCGAGCGUAGCCAAAGAGCAGAAUCGCGAUGGAGGCAAAUCCAGGGGCGGUCUGCCCAAACACCUGCAGGAGCAGCACGGCGCCUCCAGCAAAUCCGACCCCAAGCUUUGCGGUCCCGGCCCAGGAGGAAUUUACCCCGGCUCCUACCCCCCGUCCGCAGGCCGUCUGCUGCCCUCCCAGUCGGACAACCCGUCCGGCCGUGAGGACAGCGGCACACCAAGUAGAGAAAAGACUCAAAACAAACCCAUGUCUGUUCAGGAACAAGACAUCCGAACACUCGCACCACAAGGACUCUAUCGACCCCCGUCAGAGGAGAGACUGUCUCCAGGCCAACAGCCCCCAUCCCCAUGUGUCAAAGGCAGCCAGAGAGUGGUCACUUUGGCGCAGCACAUCAGCGAGGUGAUAGUUAAAGACUACAGGGACAGCCAGCAGCAGCAACAGCAGCAGAGCUACCACGGCUCUCCGGUUCUGGACCUGACCCGUCCAUCCAGUGCCUCCCAGGCCCCCCCCACGUCACAGGAGUCCGCUCAGGCGUCCCGCUACUCACAGGGCUUUAGUGGGGAAUGUAACCGAGACAGAUCUCCGCAGCAGCAGAAGUCGUCCCCCGUUUCCAAUGACUGCAUUGAGCCGGUGUCUCCUCCCGCAUCCAGCUCUGAGCCCGACGUCCAGGGAGGGGCUUCCUACCCCAAUGAGCAGGGGGAACAAGGGCUCGGCUCCCGCUCUCCACCCAACACCUCCCAGCCUCCAGCUUUCUUCAGCAAGCUGACGGAGAACACGUCGGCUAUCGUGAAGUCCAAGAAGCAGGAGAUGAUCAAGAAGAGGACGGGCGAUGGCAACGACGCCGAAUUCAAUGCCGGUCAGCCAGGAACGGAAAUCUUUAAUAUGCCAGCCUCCACUACUGCAGGGCCUGUGAGUGUGCGCAGCCACCCGGCUCCAGAAGCAUCUGGCAACUCCAUCGGCCUGGAGGCCAUAAUCAGAAAGGCCUUGAUGGGAAAGUACGAUGAAUCAUCAGAGGAGCGCUCCCCGUCCAGCGCUGCUAACGCGACGGGUCCCGCCAUGUCUGCAGACGGACGGGCUGACGACUCCUUCUCACAAGGCGGCUCCAAGUCCUCAAAGAGCAGCGGGCGCUCUAACGGACGCAAGGCCAAGUCCCCGGGCCCGGGUCUGUCCGGCAGCGAGCGUCCCUCGUCCGUGUCGUCUGUCCACUCAGAGGGAGACUGCAACCGGCGGACGCCCCUCACGAACCGGGUGUGGGAGGACCGGCCUCUGUCUGCAGGUUCAACUCCGACCCCGUUUCCAUACAGCCCGCUCAUCAUGCGUUUCCCCAGCGGGACAGUCUCAGCCCAUUCCCCUUCGUCUGGCCAGCAGGGCGGCCUGGGGCCCGGACCCGGCCAGGGCCGCCCCUGGGAGGAGGAGCCCAAGCCUCUGCUUGUUUCUCAGUAUGAAACCCUGUCCGACAGCGAGUGACCAGAAAACGCACUGCUUCACACACUCAGAGGACAGUCCUGCGCCUCGUCUCCCCCGCCCCCCUCCACCGCCGCUGUUCGCCGUGAAGCAGUCCUCCUCCCUGGACGACGAGGACGAAUCUCUGUGGCUCUGUGUGUCCGUUCGCACUUACGUGUUAUGCAUUCACUCCAGUACUACUCUGAAGGACAAAUCACUUCUUCUUCUUUAUUUUUUUUUUUACUACUAUUCCUCACUGGCCUUAUCAACACAGACGCAUCGUGCGCUCGGCGUGUGCCGCCGUUCCGUGCUCACGCCUCCGCACACGGCUGUAACGACGCCAUGUUGGACCCGACUCUCAAAGCGGGGGAACCCUCUUGUUUUGUUCCUGGCGAGCUCCGUGUGCCGACGGUCCGCUACCACUACAAGAACACAAGCAAAAAGGACACAGGAGGAGAAUCAGCAUCUUGGUUUCUUCUUUCUUUCUUUUUUUUCCCCCUCGCUUUUGGUCCUUUUUGUUUCUCUCUCUCUGGAACUGUCAGUCCAGUCCUGUGUUUCGUGAGCUGCGACUUUUUUAGUACAUUUUUGGUGGUGAACUUUUUUUGAUGGUGUCAUUUGUCGUCUGUUAUCUGCAAAGAUGUAUUGGGGCGGGGGUGUUGGGUUUGAGGCAGGUGGGGUGGGAUCAUAUCAGAGGUUUACAGGGUAAACUAAGCGGUUCAUUACUGAUGUCAUGAAUCUGUGUGUGUUGGGGGAACUGGGAGGAGCUGCCAGAUGGAUGGCACUGAGGCAAGUGACACUUUCUUGCUGUUUUUUUGUUUUUGUUUUUAUAUUAACCAUGUCUGUGUUUGUCAGAACAGUUCUUUGCAUAUAAAGCACUUAGUUGUCGAGGUGAUCACGAUGGCAUUUUGUUUUUUUUUCUUUUUUUAAAGAGGCGGCGCAGAAGUCCCACUGCGGAGGCGUCUCGCUGCUUCUUGUUCCGCUCGCAGUAAGAAAAGAAAAACAAAUCACGUCGGAGUGGAGAACGAGUUUAAAAGCUCUGAAUUUGGAGUUUCCCUUUCAUUAAAGAGGAGAUU